AUGGCAGACAUAGCGCUUUUGGUCGUGGAGGAGUACGAGAGGAGGGUGAAACAGACGCCGGAUUCGACAUCGGCAUCGACGGAAAUUGAUUGGUUGAAGAAUUUUCCGGCGAAGAUGACGGUGGGAAUCGAGAAGAUGAAGAUAGAAAAUUUGAUGAAGAAAUUUGAGGCGAAAUCUGAAUUUGGUCUCGCAAUCUCCCAUGGCUUCUUCUCUGCUUGA